CCAAGCUUUGUUCUUGGCCGUCUACCGUGUAUUGACUGCCACGUUGCAGAGAUGGACCUUUAUUAUUGCGCGUGCCCUAGCUCUACCGAGGACAAACGUGCCGCUGCCGAGAAAGAUAUACGAAGGCUAAAGAGCAAUUGGCUGUUUCUAAUGUUUGUAUCUAUCUUACGAGUCAUAAACUACAUCUGUGUCAUACCAACCAACCAUCAAUUCAUCAUAAAUCCCACUGCAGAGACCCUCAAUAUCACUGAUGAGAAAGUUGAGCCAGGUCUGGAGCAAAGUGAGACUUUCUACUCACUGACCUAUGAGGCACUGUUUGUGGGGCACGUGAUAGCUGCAGUGGCUACUGGUCUCCUCUUUAACCAUAUCCCCACCUGGUACCUGUUACUGGUCUCUACACUCUGUCACAUUCUCGGCUACCUUCUCUAUGCACUGGCCACCAGUGGCUGGAUGAUGAUACUGGCUCGUGCCCUAGCUGGUCUUCAAACAGGAUCAGUAGACUCUCUUGUAUUUGCCUAUUACUCUGUGAGCUUUGAGAAAUACACAGAGAAUCUGAAGACACUUGACCGGUUUGAAGAGACAACUGCUAAAAAAGUGAAAGGCUACCUAUUCAGUAGUGCUUGCAUUGCAUAUGCCAUUGGAUAUGGACUUGGCGUAGGGUUCCCAGCAAUCUUGGCUCAGUUUCCAGAGACUCCACAGUUCAGAACGGCUGGCUGGUUCUGUGUGGCUGCUGGAGUGACAGUCUUACUUCUCCAGUUAGCUCUCUUCCAUGGAGAGUGUGCCGGGAAAUGUAGAACUCAAAAGAUGUCCACAGAGAAGCUACCGUCAUCAUCUUCAAACUGCAUCUGCAAGAUAUUUGCACCAGUGUAUGUCAUACUUACUGGAGGUCUGAAGGCAAUACGUUACAUUUUGGUUGAGGUUUUGCUCAACCCUAUCAUCAGUGACUCGUUUGGGUUUUCUAUCGAAGACAGUGCACUCUUCUUUCUUGUUGUCUUUACCAUGGCUCCUGUCAUUGGUACCACUCUUCUGUAUCUACUUCAGUAUCUCAAGUUUCGAGGUUAUGGUCUGAGUGUGUUGGGGUUGAUGUGUACCACAACUGCACUGCUGAUAAUGACAGACUGGCAGGCCAUUGGCAGUGACGUCUGCACAGAGUACAGUCUGUUCCAAAAUCCACAGCUGGCCGACCAGUAUAGACUACAACUGGCAGAGUCUAACGUGUCAGAGUCUGGGAUGGUGAGUAUCCAGAGUCUGCAGGUGGUGGAGGAAGAGGUGUACCAGCUGGCAGUCAACAGGUGUGAGUCUGCAGGGGAACACUGUCACUGGAUACCCAACUCACAUGUCACAGGCAAACACUGCAGUGACUGCCAGCCAAUCUGCAGGAGCACCACACACACUCUCAACUUUGUGCAGUUCAUAGUUGGAAUUGUGCUUUUCCUUUCAACCUCAUCUCUUUUGUACAGUGGGUCAUUCUUGCUUCUAUCAGAAUCUGUCAGCCAAAAAUAUCAGGGUAUCAGUACUGCUUCUAUGGUGGCUCUAGAAGGGAUAGCAAGGAGUGCCUUUCCUCUCAUAUUGGAUGCUGUUUAUGAAGGUCAGCAGAAGAGGACCUACCUGUCAAUGUUGAUUCAAGUUGGGAUAUUCCUACCACUGCUGGUUGGACUCCUCCUCCUCUAUCCCUGGCUGGCUGGGAGUCACAAGAUACAGUACACAUGUACUAAAGAGAUGGAGAAAGAGAAAGACUAAAUUCCCAUUAAUUUGUGUACAUAACAUAGUAUGGCAAGCAGAGCGAACAUAUAU